AAGGGAAACAAACUGGAAUGGAAUGUGUCAAUAACAGUCAAUAAAGUAUCGUACGGACGAUUAAAUAUAUUCGCGGUGUAACAAUAUAAGCUUUUAUUUCGUAAAAUACGUUCAGUAUUGAAAGACAGAACAUUCCAGACUGUAGUGCUGUAUAAUUACUAACAAUGCAGCGUUAUUUAUUGCUAUAUACUUUUGUUUUAAUUGUACCUUUUGCCUAUCAAGCUUCAACCACGACCGGGUCUAUCGAAUUAGACGAAUUUUCUUUUGAUAAAAUAAGAAAUAAAUUCGAUGCAAGCCUUAUUAAAUUCGAUGUGGCGUUCCCAUACGGAGAUAAACAUGACGCGUUCGUGUCACUGGCAAGGGAGGCGAGAGAUGUGGAAGAUCUUUUGAUUGCUGAAGUCGGCGUGAAAGAUUACGGUGAAAAAGAAAAUGAGGCUCUUGCGAAGAAGUAUGGAGCUACCAAGGAUAACUUCCCUGUGGUUAAACUGUUCGUCAAAGGUAAAACUGAGCCUAUACCAUUUGAUGAAUCAAAAGGUUUCACCAGUGAUGAACUUCGCCGCUUUGUGCGGGAGAACACAGGCAUAUAUUUGAGUUUGCCUGGCUGCGUAAAGGAACUCGAUAAGUUCGCAAUUCAGUUUAUGAAAGGCAAGAAAGAUGAGAGGAAAAAAGUACUAAAGAAGGCUGAAGAAUUCUUGAAGAGCUCAGACAAGGAACCUGCUACUGGAAAGAUCUACAAGACAAUCAUGGAGAAAAUUCUAGAAAAAGGCGAUGAUUUCAUACAGUUGGAACAUGAGAGAGUGAAGAAGUUGCUCAGUAGUAAAGUAUCCGAAGAGAAGAAGAAAGAAUUAGGAAUCAGAAUCAAUAUUCUUCAGACAUUCCAACUAUCUGACAAGCAGCAGAAAUCACAGAAAGAAGACCUGUGAUUGGUCAAUUAAUUUCUGUGGCACUAAAUCACAGUUCAUAGUUGUGUAGUUGUUACUCCUAUGAAGUGUCUCUUGAGUAUUUUUAUGUUUCUAAAUCUAUAGGGUUUACUGCUAUAGUACUUUUUUGUCUGAUACCUCUAAAUAUACUUAUGACAGCUUAUGAAUAUUCCGCACCUGUAUUGUGAGUUGUGAAUUUCACCUGACUGUAUGAGUUUUACAUACAGAAAAAGACAAUUUGA